UACAUAAAUGGCAUUUGAGUUUCCUCAUUUCUCCUCACAUUGAGAGACAGAUCUGGAAACUGGGACUGUGGAAGUUUAGGCUCACCCCUAAAAGCUUAAAGUUAACCACCAACAAGUUCACAAAAUGGGAACUUUCGUGAAAAUCAUAUUAGCUAGCGUAUGUGUUGCAUUCCUUGCUGUCAAGUGGACUGCACCCAGUUUUGAUGCAGACUCUCUCAGAGGUGCCAGGGUAGUGGUGACUGGGGCCAGUACAGGUAUUGGUGAACAAAUGGCAUAUCACUACGCCCGCUUUGGAGCCCAAAUAGUAAUUACAGCAAGAAGGGAAAAAGUAUUACAGCAGGUGGCAGAGAAGUGUCUGAGUUUGGGAGCCCAGAAAGCGCUCUACAUAGCAGCCGACAUGGCCACUGAAUCAGAUCCUGACGAAGUGGUAGAUUUUGCUCUGGAAAAGCUUGGGGGAUUGGAUUACCUGGUUCUCAACCACAUUGGCCCGAGCCCCUUCACAUUGUGGGACGGAGAUGUGGAGCACACCAGGUGGCUGAUGAAGGUCAAUUUCUUCAGCUAUAUUCAGAUGGCUUGGAAAGCUAUGGCCUCCCUCGAGCAAAGUAAAGGAUCGCUGGUGAUUGUUUCUUCACUUUUAGGUAAAAUGCCCAGUCCUUUUGUGGCACCGUAUACUUCAACAAAAUUUGCAUUGAAUGGUUUCUUCGGGGCCCUUCAGCAUGAGCUGGCUAUGAAGAAGAGCAAUGUGUCCAUCUCUAUAUGCACACUGGGGCUCAUUGAUACCGAGGCGGCAAUGGAGAAAGUCAGGGGUGUCACUAAUGUACCAGCCUACCCUGCCACAGAUGCAGCCUUGAACAUCAUCAUUACAGGAGCUACAAGACAGCCAGAGCUCUUCUACCCUUGGUUCACCCACAUUGUGACUCUCAGUAAAGACUGGUUCCCUGCCAUCACUAACUAUUUCAUCCAGAACUCCUACAACUACAUUCCAUGAAAAACAUUCAUCUGUAGUACCAUUAUUCAGUACAUGGGUUAAUAUUACUAUUCAGUAUGAGCUGUUGCAUCAUAUUCAUCAUGUAUUGAUACACACUGGGCAUGAUGAUGCUGUAGACAGCCCUGUCUGUAAUCGA